UUUAAUAUUUUGUAAGCGCACGAAGACGAGCCGAAGUUUCACUGUACAAGUGUUUCAUUUGAAACACUCGAUGUGCAUUCGAAUGCUCGAUUAUCCGAAUAAAACGAAGCGAUCUUGGAGCAGACGUAAUAUGUAAGAUCGAUUGGUAACGAUACGAUACGGGAUUCGUAAUCCAUAAGAUAUAGGACAUAGGCUGCUUGCCUGGUUCGCAUCUUUAAUCCCACUCUUCUUCACCGUCACCGAGCACCGAUACACCACCGUGACAUAGUUAUACCGAUUCUCCUUGUAAAUCUUGCCGCUUGCACCAAACCAUGAUCCACAAACGCGGAUGAGUCUCGGUAUAUAUAAACCGGAUUAGAGACCAAAGUUUGUCAUUCACUCAUCGCUACCCCAUCCUGACAGAGGCUCUCUCUCAGGGAGAGCCUUAGGAGCAUCGACGUGCUAAAGCACCCUUGGAAAAGUCAAUAGUCUUGAGAAGACUUCAACGUUUUCCUCCAAAAGGGGAAAACGAAAGAUAUUCCAUCGAGCUCGUUGUUCCACGGAUCCGUACGUGUUCAACACGGAUUUAUACGUUAGCAUAAAAAUGUUCAAGUUUGUGAUAGCGACCAUCAUCGUAGGUCUGGCUUUGGCACGGCCAGAACCUCCCGUAAACUCUUACUUGCCUCCUGGUGCAAAUGGUGGUCAGGGUGGAAACGGAGGUGGUUUUGGUGGACCUUCCAGCGAAUACGGUCCACCAGGAUUUGGCGGAGGAAACGGCGGAGGAAACGGUAGGGGUAACGGAAGACCACCGAGUAGUAGCUACGGUGCUCCCGGAGGUGGAAAUGGAUUCGGUGGAGGCAACGGCAACGGCAACGGCAACGGCAACGGAAGGCCGUCAAGUAGUUACGGAGCACCUGGAGGCGGUGGAAAUGGAUUUGGCGGAGGUUCGGGAAACGGGAGACCUUCCAGCAGUUAUGGGGCUCCUGGAGCUAACGGAAACGGAUUCGGUGGGAACGGCAAUGGAAGACCAUCGAGUAGCUACGGAGCACCCGGUGGAGGCAACGGAUUUGGUGGAGGUUCAGGAAACGGGAAGCCUUCUAGCAGUUAUGGCGCUCCAGGAGCUAACGGAAACGGAUUCGGAGGAGGCAAUGGCAAUGGAAGACCAUCGAGUAGUUACGGAGCACCCGGUGGAGGCAACGGAUUCGGUGGAGGCAACGGAUUCGGCGGAGGCAACGGAUUCGGAGGAGGCAAUGGCAAUGGAAGGCCGUCGAGUAGUUACGGAGCACCCGGAGGUGGAAACGGCGGUGGAUUUGGAAACGGAAGGCCUUCUAGCAGUUACGGAGCUCCCGGAGGUGGAAAUGGAUUCGGUGGAGGUCAACCAAGUUCUUCCUACGGUGUCCCUGGUGCUGGCGGUUCUAACGGAGGUAAUGGAGGCUAUGGAGGAGGAAAUGGAGCUGGUUACAACGGCAACGGACAGGAUGAAAGUAACGAACCUGCCAAGUACGAGUUCUCGUAUGAAGUAAAAGACGAUCAAUCUGGAGCUGACUUUGGACACACGGAGAGCAGAGAUGGCGAUCGUGCCCAAGGCGAAUUUAACGUUUUGCUUCCUGACGGUAGAAAACAAAUAGUUGAAUACGAAGCUGAUCAAGAAGGCUUUAAGCCUCAAAUUAGGUACGAGGGAGAAGCGAACGCCGAAGGAUAUCCUUCCGGUGGGCCUGGCGGUAACGGUGGCGGCUAUCCCUCCGGUGGACCUGGCGGUAAUGGUGGUAAUGGUGGUUAUCCCUCCGGCGGACCUGGCGGUAAUGGUGGUAACGGCGGCUAUUCUUCCGGUGGUCCCGGCGGUAACGGAGGAAACGGUGGAAAUGGAGGCUUUGGACGAUACAACGGCGGUGGCAACGGUGGUAACGGUGGUAACGGUGGUUACUCAUCAAAUGGAUUUGGUGGUGGUGGUGGUAAUGGUGGAUAUCCUUCUGGCAGUGGCGGUGAUGCUGCUGCUAAUGGUGGAUAUCAAUAUUAAACGGAUAGUUAAAUAAUCUCGUAUUUUACUUAUAGAGAAAAUAAUACACCUUUUAAGCAAGAUGCGCGUUUAAUACGUGAGGUUGUCUAAAUUUGGCACGUCUUAAGGAAGAUCGAUGACGCACGGAAUAACGUGCUCUAGGACGAAGGGGUGAAAGGGAAGAGGAAGCGAAUGGAAUAGCGCGUCCGAAAGAUGAGUACAUCUUGCCCACGCGUGCUCUAAAUCCGAACAAUAAGAGAUAAUCGAACGUACGCGGCAUUGAGUAACGAGACGCCAUUACGUAACCUAAUGAAAAGGAAUCUUCUUUCAUUUACCAGUGCAAUUAAUCUACAGGCUCCUUUUUGAUGUCGCACCGAUUCGUUCGUUCCAGAUUUAAAAGACAACCUUUUACGUAAUGAACGCCAGUAUAUAUACAUACAGUUAACCUCAGAACUAAUUAUUAGAGAAAGUUGAGAGAUUUCAUUUUCAGAGAUAAUAUAUAUAAUAAUAUGUACGAUUCAUCGACUUUCAAAGACGUUAAGGACACGCUUUAGUUUAUAUGAGAAAGUAUUUCUUCUUUAUAUACGUAUGUGUAUGUGCGUCUAUAUGCAUAUACAUAUAUACGCAUAAACAUAUAUGGAUACAUAUACACACAUAUAUAUGAGGGAACAAUAGUAAACACGCUUCUUCUUUUAUUAUCAAUUAUCUUUCAGGUAAGGUUAAGAUGUCUCCUUUUACGGAGUACAAAGUAUCUCGGUAAUCUUUUAAGCUAUCAGCGAUACUUUAUAUUUAUUAGUAUAUUUAAUGUACGUACCUAAUAUA